GUGCUGAUGGUGGAAGAGAUGAUCCAGACAGUGACCUCAGUGGGCUUCAUCGUCAUGUCUUGGCUCGACCCCGAUCUGGCUUGGAAUCAAACAGACUACGAAGGCAUUCACCAAGUCAGCAUAGCCUUCGGCGAAAUCUGGUAUCCAACCCUGCUGGUCUCCAACUCUGCCGACCCAGACUAUGUGAUGAUCGAGAGAUCCGACAGUAUGUCCCUGACAUCCGACGGCCUGAUCAGAUAUUCGACUCCAGCCCACCUGAAGACGUCGUGCGACAUCGAUGUGACAUAUUAUCCUUUUGAUUUGCAGGUUUCUACCACAUCGCCGAUAACUAGCGGUGAGAUCACAUAUAAUCAAUCCGUUUCUUGUACGCCAAUCAGGUUCAAAAUGACUUUGCGUAGAAGGAUUCUGUACUACGUCCUCUGUGUGCUGUCGCCAAUGCUGCUGACUGGGGUCGUCUCGUCUAUGGUAUUUUUGUUGCCGCCAAAUUCUGGAGAGAAGAUCUCCUUUCUUGUCACGGUGUUUGUAACUGAGGCAGUGUUUCUAAACUUCAUUGCAGGAGCAAUGCCAAGAAACAUGUCCGGCAUCCCCAGACUGCCCUUGUUUCUGGUGGUCAUCAAUGUUCAGUGUAUGCUGGCCAUGAUUGCAACAGUCUUCGUCAUCAGGGGAUACGACGCCGAACAAAGACACAUCAUGGAGCAGCAACAAGAAUGCGAGUCCCAAGAGCACGAUGACACGAUGUCCGUCUCCCAGUUAUCUGUGGAUGAAGUAAAAGAGCAACAAGUGGAGUCUACACAUCCUCCAAGUCUCAAGAAUCGACUCGGCAGCUACCUUGUACAGAAACUUCCGUUUACGCAGACGAUACCCGGUCCAGUGAUUAAACCCAACCGGAAGAAAGAUAACAGAAAGCAACCAACAAGACGGAGAUGCUGUCUGCCUGCUUCAACAUGGAACACAAUUUUCUUUUGGGCAUUCAAUGCCACAAGUGCCGUGUGCUACCUUGUGUUGUUCAUGUCGUGA